AAGCUUAUAUUCUCAUCAAUGGAUUUGAUGUUUAUUGUGACUUUAAAAUUAACAAACAAGAAGAAAAAAUUAAUGAAUCCAAGAUAAAAACAAUAUUAGAUGAUAUAACUUAUCAAAAUUAUAUAAAUUUUGAUAUUUCUAUUCGAAAUGAUACCAAUGGAAAUUCAUAUCAUUUCUUAAGAGUUUACUUUCGAAAUCAUAAUGUUAGAAGAAAAGAAAUAGUUAGAAUUAGAAAUAAUAAAAAAAACAAAGAGAAGCAAUAUGAAAUAUUUGAUAUGUAUGAAGAUGAUAUUUCAACACCAUAUUAUAUGUUUAUAGCACCAAGAACUGAAGUAAUGAUUGAUAAUAUUAAAAAAGGAUUUCCUUUAUCAAAAGCUUUUAAAACAAACAAGACUUUAUCAAAAAAUAUGUAUGAAAAUAAAUAUCAUUAUACACAGAUAAAAUUUGUUGAAAAUUUUAAUGCAUAUAUAUCAAUAUAUUUUGAUUACGAAACAGUUGAUAUCGAUAAUUUAAAAAUAGGAAAAAAAGGAAGAGUUUCUAUUGGAUAUGAGGUUGAUCAAGCUUUUAUGGGAGUAUUUUGUUUUUUUAAAGGUAGAGAUAUAAAACCAUUUUAUAUAGUUGCUAUUUUGUUACAAAAUAAAAAUGAGUUUCCUGUAGAAUAUGCAAAUACAGAUGACAAACUUGAAAUAGUAUAUGUCAAGACACAAAAAGAGUUUUUUUUAACAAAAGCUAUGUUAUAUCAUAAUUUUCGACCUGAAAAAACUGGAGGGUGGAAUAAUCUUGGAUAUGAUUGGAAAUUUACUAUUCGGAAAUUGUAUGAAUUAAAUAUAUUUGAAGAGUUUUAUAAAAUUGCUACUGGUAAAGACAAAAGAAUAGAAGAUAUUAUCAAAUAUUUUUAUAAAGAAGAAUAUAUUACUAUAAAUGCAAGUGAAAAAACAAAACAUUAUUAUAUCAAAAUUGAAGGAACUGAAGAAUAUGAUCAACAAACUAUUUUUAGACAACAUUUCGGAACAUUAUCAAAAUGUCGAAAUUAUGAUGAUGAGACAAGAAAAAGAAAAUGCACAAUUAUAUUAGAAUAUUGUAUUAGGGAUUGUAUAGCACCAAAAGAAGCAAUUGAACACAUAAACAAAAUUACUGAAUAUAGAUUAGUAUCAGAAUUAACAAAUAUAACUAUGAUAGAAUACUCUCAUGGAAAUAAAACAAAAAUGAUUAAUAAUGUAUUAGUAUUAAUUGCUUUAUUAGAAGGUUUUAAUAUAUCAUUUAAAUAUAAUGAAAAACAUGAGAAGGAAGAUUUUGGUGGUGGCACAGUUAAAGAACCUAAUAAAGGAUAUUCCUUUACAUUUGAUAUAUGUUUGGAUUUUAAUUCAUUAUAUCCUAAUCUUAUGAUGCAGAAUAAUAUUUGUUUUCUUACUAAAAUUGGUUCAGAAUCAAAUGAAGAAUGUUAUGAAAUAUCAGUUGAUAUGAAAAAUGGAAAUACUAAAAUAGUCAAAUUUUCAAAAAACAAAAGAGGAUUAGUACCUUUAAUUUUGAAUUUAUUUGUAAAACGAAGAAAAGAAGCAAAAGUUAAACGUGAUGAAUACGAUAAAGGAAAUUCAUUAUAUGAUUAUUACAAUAUUUUACAAGAUUUAUUAAAAAGAAUAGCUAAUUCUAUUUAUGGACAAACUG